UGGUUCGUUGAAGUGAAGUCGGUUCUCUCUCUCUAUUUCUAUUUUUAUCAAAACCCGCCAUUUCAAAACCCUAAUCAACGUCUUCUUUCAAAUCCUCAAUUCUCCCAAAUCCUCCAUUUCAUUUUCUCCAUAAAUCCUCCAUUAAUCCAAUUUAACACCGCCAAAAUUCCAAAUCAUUCACAAAUUAACUCCACAAUUCUCAGCGAAAUUCCUAUAUCAUAAUUUUCUCUCUCUUCAACUUUUUUUUUAAAAGUAUAGCAGUGAUAAUAAUCAAAUCAUAAUCAUACAAAGAUGCCGGUGAAUCUAACAAGAAAUUCGAUUGCGGCGAUACUCGACGGCGAUGUGAACUCCAAACCUUUGGUUCAAGUUCUGGAUAUCAAGCUCAACUGUUCUAACCAAGAACGGUACCGUUUUCUUCUAUCCGACACCGUUUCGACUCAGCAGGCGAUGAUUGCAACUCAGCUAAACGACCUCGUUAAAUCAGGCGAAGUUCGUAAAGGUUCCGUCAUUCAAUUGAUUGAAUAUAUUUGUAGCGCUGUUCAAAAUCGCAAGAUCAUUGUCAUCCUCAACAUGCAAACUAUUAUACCUGAUUGUGAGAUCAUAGGGAAUCCAGUGAUUCCCACUGGAGCUGAUUCUGCUGCUGGAAAUGCAUUGGCUAAUGACAGUAAUAAUAAUAACAGUGCUGUUUAUCCUGUCAGAGGAAGCAACGCAAAAGUGAUUGGACCAAGUAAGAGUAACAAUGCACCCAAUUUCAGACCUACUGUUCAGCCUGCGUACCAGCCACCCCCUAAUUACAAGAAUCACGGUCCCGUUGUGAAGAAUGAGGCACCGGCCCGCAUACUUCCAAUUGCUGCAUUGAAUCCUUAUCAGGGGCGUUGGGCUAUUAAAGCAAGAGUAACGGCUAAAGGUGACCUUCGUCGUUAUAACAAUGCUAGAGGUGAUGGGAAGGUGUUUUCCUUUGAUCUCCUCGAUUCAGAUGGUGGGGAGAUUCGUGUUACAUGCUUUAAUGCUGUUGUUGACCGCUUUUAUGAUGUUAUUGAGGUUGGGAAGGUUUAUAUGAUAUCAAAGGGUACUCUAAAGCCUGCUCAGAGGAAUUUUAACCAUUUGAAAAAUGAGUGGGAGAUUUUUCUCGAAUCAACUUCUACUGUCGAUCUUUGCCCAGAUGAAGAUGUUUCAAUACCCCAACAACAGUUUAACUUCCGACCUAUCAGUGAAAUUGAGAGUGCUGAAAACAAUUCCAUAUUAGACAUCAUUGGUGUUGUAAUAUCAGUUAACCCUUCUGUCCCCAUAUUGAGGAAGAAUGGGAUGGAAACACAGAGAAGAAUUAUUAAUUUGAAAGAUAUGUCAGGCAGAAGCAUUGAGCUAACCCUAUGGGGAGAUUUCUGCAACCGAGAAGGUCAGGAGCUGCAAGAAUCAUUUGAUUCUGGGUACUUUCCUGUCAUAGCUGUAAAGGCUGCAAAGGUGAAUGAUUUCAGUGGAAAAUCUGUGGGCACAAUUUCUUCAACCCAGCUCUUUAUCAACCCUGAUAUUCCUGAAGCUCGCAAUUUGGCUGAGUGGUUUCAUCGAGGGGGAAAGGAUUUUGCUUCCCAGUCUAUCUCUAGAGAUGUUAUGCCUCUUGGAGGAAAGAACGAGAUACGCAAAACUUUGUCCCAGAUCAAGGAUGAGGGUCUUGGAAGGUCAGAAAAACCAGACUGGGUUACAGUUAAGGCAACCAUAUCUUUCAUCAAAACAGAUACCUUUUGUUACACAGCAUGCCCAUUGAUGAUUGGAGAUAGGCAGUGCAAUAAGAAAGUCACAAAGUCGGGAAACACAAGAUGGGUAUGUGAUCGGUGCAAUCAAGAAUUUGAGGAGUGUGAUUACCGCUAUUUGCUUCAAGCACAAAUUCAGGAUCAUUCUGGAGUGAUCUGGGUAACUGCUUUUCAAGAAUCUGGAGAAGAGAUUCUGGGUUGCUCUGCUAAAGAGUUGUACACUUUAAAGUCUGAGGAGCAAGAUGAUGACAGAUUUGCCGAGUUAAUUCGUAGUAAGAUUUUUGUUCCAUACCUCUUCAAGCUUAAGAUUAAAGAAGAAACAUAUGGUGAAGAGCAGCGAGUAAAGACAACAGUAGUGAGGGCGGAUAGAAUAGACUAUGCAGCUGAGAGCCGCCAUUUGCUUGAUUCUAUCUCGAAGAAUCGCAAACGAUGAAUGCCAAGGCUAGUGAAAGAUAGCAAGCGAUUUGAUUCUCUUAAUUUUUAAAGUAAUUUUAGAGUUGAUGUUAUGUAAGCAGGGUUUAAAUUUACCAGCACCUAGUAUUAAGAAAGGUGCUCAAGUGUAGCAGAAGAUCUGUUCGAAUUUGUGGAUAAAGUCGGAACACUUACUGCUGACAAUUAUAUUCAUGCGUCUGAUUUUUGAUUUGGUA